AUGUGGUCCUCAUCGCACCUCCACGGCCCCAGAAGAUCGCAUGAUCAGAGCCAUAACGAUAGCAAAGCUAGUAGAUCAUCAUCUCCAGAUGAUGGAACAGAACCCCGGAGGCGGACGUCGAGUGAUGCUACACCCCGUCAAACACCUGCUACUACUCGCUUUUUAACUUCAGCCAACGACCAAGAUACUAAUCGAAGUGUUUUGGCAUCUACCACUCUUAAUUCGGACAAAUCUGAAGGCUUCGGGUCUUCUAAACGACUUGGAUUUUUCGCAGACAAGCUGACGUCUUCUCUUUCUGGAACAGGGAAAGACAUUGGUGGCGGUACUAGUCUUAAAAGUUCCCUCCAUCCUAGUCAAUUGUUGCACCCACAUAUUCAUUCCAGGGCAGAGUCUAACUCUUCUCCCUCUCCAAGUUUGACAUCAUCUGCUAUGGCUUCAUCUAACAUAUCGCCUGUUAAUAAGUCCCAUACGUCUCCUGCUAAGGCAAGUAUUGCGCAACUUUUAAUGGUGUUUUUUCUGAUGUUCGCUCUGAAUGCUAAGGCUUCCUAUGGCCGGACGUAUGACUCAAAGCUUGUUUCGCGCGAAAUGCAUCGACUAGGGAGUCUGGUUCCUUCUGCAUUAGCCCCUCAGCUUUCAACUGCACCUUCGGUAGCAUCUUUAAGUGUACCACCGUCGGGCAGUCUUUCCCAGUCUAAUGCGUCAUCCACAUCCUCCACCGACCCGUGGGGUGCAUUACAUGUUCAUGUUUUACCUCUUUUUAACGGAGAGCCGUUAAGAGUUCCGAUAGAAGACUUGAAUAUAUUGGUCAAACGCCAUAUACAAAUUGUCGUUUCAGCUUCUCCUCCAAAAGCUAUAGCUACACUGGAGAACGACGCUUCUGAAUUAAUUGCCUCUGGCAUGGUCACCCUCAACGCAAAGCUAACAGGUGUCGAUGAUGAAAAAUUGGUCGCACGAGUAGUGGAGAUAUGGGGUUUUUUUUGGGAUCAAGUCCUCACUUAUCUGGAAGGUGUUCUUCUGCCUCUCCAAACCGACCCUUUGUUAUCUUCACUGUACCGUGCCCCAAAAUCGCAUAGGACAGCCUCUCCAACGCGACAGAGCGGAACUAAAUCCUCUAUAUCUUCAUCAAAUAGCAAUACCUCCACAUAUCACAUAGACGUCCGUUCUGUUGCUUUGAAGUCUUUCCGAGAUAGAGUUAUACUGCCUCCUUUCCAGAGGCUGUACAACCGCCUCUCUAUGAUCAACCGUCAAGAUAAUCACCAAGAGACGAGCUCCUAUCAGCAACCUCGCUUGCAGCAAAUGCUCCUUGUUUUAUCUUCGGAAAGUCGACAUCUACCUGUCACAUUUUCAUUGACCACACCGUCUCCUCAGCCAACAGCCGGUGAAGUGGCUAUUACAGACUUGUUACAUCUUAUUCAUAAUCCUAGAACGUAUUCAGACUCACGACAUCCAAAAUUUAAAAAUCCCCAUUCACAGGCAAGGACGUCCACCUUUCUGUCUGGUGCUUUACCGAGAGACCGUCGUGGACGAGUUGCUCUCAAGGGUAAAAAUCUCCCUGAUUUAGUGGGCCUUCAAUCUCCUGGGAACGAUGAUUAUAUCUAUGGAGAGGACACGCCUCGGAUGGGGCCCUCGAGUUAUAUUGUGGAUCUCGAGCGCGACCGCGAAAGGGAACUUGAGGCACUAAGAAGUCCAGACAUCGAAUCUUCAGCCACUCGGGCUAGUACAGGAGGCUGGGGACUAGGUGCUGGAAAAGAGGAGCCUACAAAAACGGGAGAAGAGGAGGAAGACGAACCUCUGGAUUGGGAUCAAGCGCAGGCCGUUGUAGAACGCAUGGUUGGAAUGAAUCCACAUAUCGACGCCCGUCGGAGAGUAACAUAA